AUGCAUUGGGCGUGCAAGCGGGGCGAUGAGAGUUUGGUCAAGUUACUUGCGGGUGUACACAGAAAUAUUGUUAAUGAACGCUCUGUAAGUAUCUUUAUUCUAUUAAAGGAAAGUGUAGAUAUUUCAGAACACUAGCAACAUAUCCGAGUAGGCAUCUUUAAAAAAAAUAUCAAUUACGAAUCGAAGGGGAUUUUGCAGUUAUGGAUGUAUACUACUUACAUAGAUUCAUUGGCAUUGUGUAGACACGUCUCCUUUACUAUAUUCUUUUUACUACAACUAUCACGAAGUAUUUCCAUGAGCUGUCUCAUCUAGUUUUUGCCGCCAAAUUCUAGCAUACCUUCUGAAUGUCACGUUUAUGUGGCAUUCUUAAGGAAAUUAAUCGAAUUUGGCGAUUUGUCUAAACAUAGUUGCUAUUAAUACAUUUUAUAAAUCUUUAAGUGUUAUCUCCAAUUAAGUCCAAACAAUCUCUUGGACACCUGUUUAGCCUCUUACAAGAGGCAUCUUCAUGAGCUGUUGACUCGCUUAGCGCGGUAUAAAGCGUGCAUCCCAUUCUUUUUAAGCAACAUUCCUCAACAACCAAAUUUGGGUCGAAUUUAGUUCCGUCGUGCUACGAAAUAGAUAUGAAAUGUUUCAGACUAAGCUUAAUUAGCCUGUAAUACUUCUAAUGUAGUAUCAGAAAAAAGUUAGCGGUAUUAUGCUCCGAUAUUCACUUAUAAUAAUCUAUUUUUGUUCCAGCUACAGAGUAAGCGCGAAUUGAUCUAAUUACUGAAUGGUUAACAAACAUCUAUCAGAACUGUAAUUCGCAAGUUCAUGAAUAAAUAGUUCGUCAAAGCUUAAAUAAUACGUUUCUAGAAUAAGCACAGAUUCUUCUGUAAUUUCAUAUUAAGGGUGUUUUUAAUAUUAUAAAUGUCAAGUACACAAAUAAGCUAUUUGAUCAUUGCAUAAAACUGAAAUCUUAUUCUCGUUCUCUUCUGGUUUUAUUCUUAGAAAAAAAAAUGCAGCAUACACCUUUUAGUCAUAUUAGAACUCAAUAAAAUCUUCUAUCAUUAUUAAACCUGUGUUACAGUACUAUUAAAACGUCAUUACUUAUUUUUCAUGUGCCGCUGUUGUUCGCCGGGACGGAUGCAGAAUGGGGGCUACACACCGCUCCACAUUGCAAUGCAGUUCCGACACGAAAACGUUUACAGGCUAUUGGUCGAAGCUUACGAUGCUGAUCCAAACGUUCGUGAUUGGUCAGGCAAGAAGCCUCGACAAUACCUCGUUUAUAUGGACACGUCUCUAUCGCCAGGCUCGUAUAGAAAUUUAGAUGCUGUUAGGUCUCCUUCAUUAUUAUCAGUUGUAACCCUAGAGGAGAUUUACUCGCCGCACCUGCAUCUUUCCUCGAACACAUCACUUGUGUAUACGCCGUCAAAAAAAGAAAGAUUUCUUCGCAUCGGGUCUUUGAAUGUACGAGUGAAAAAGACAACAGAGGCGUUCAGCAACUUCCUGGGAGUUGGGGCGACCAGAGCUUCGACGUAUGGACACAAAUCUGCAAGUCUGGAGCGACGCUCUGAAGAUGGAGAUCAACUUAAGUCGUGGGGAUCAGCUGAUAACAUACAGAAGGAGAGCAAAAUAAUGCCGCCCCCGGGCAGUACCAACAAGGUUCGUCGCCGAGGUACUAGUGGCCGGCUGGGAGUAACUUCACACAGCCGCAGUACACCCUCAACGCCUGACCAGCCUCGAGCUCAGAUGGGAGUUAACGAGGAAGGUGAUUCUGAUUCAGAUUCUGCGGCGGGAUUCCAUUCAUCCUGGAGACACCAUAGAGCUUCACAUAGCUAACUCACACUGUACAAGCUUAGUAGCUACUAUUUUAAAAUAUUUAUUUUUUGUUCAUUUAUAUUUAUUAGAUAUUAGACUAUAUCAUAGUUAUGUUACUCACGCUUUCAAUAAUAAUUGCAAAUAGUAAAUGCUUUAUACUGUAUUAAUGUUAAUAAUUUUUAUAUCUUAUUUUAAAUAAUUAUUAUUAUGAAAAUGCGUUAAAGUUUGAUAUUUUCGGUAUAAUAAUUGUAGAAAAAUAUCAAGUAAUAGUGUAUUUGAAUAAAUUUAAAAUGGGUGAUGAUGAUGAAUGAAUUUUUCAACUUAUUAUAUCUUUGAUUUACGCAAGCAUCACAUUUUUAAAUGAAUAUACUCUCAAAUGAUUAAAACGCGCUUAAAAAUUUAUUUAUAUAACUUAAAUUACGCUGAUGAGUUGAUAGAACUUUUUUCGUAGUGUCGUAUAAAAUACGACAUUAUUUUCAAAUAUUUUAUUUUAAUUUGUGAAUUGAUCAUGUGCCAGAUAUAUUUUUGUAUUGUUAUGAAACUGAAUAGUGCAGUAGUAUGUAGGUACAUUGAAUUUGAUCUAAAUCGAAAACAAUUGUUAUUUCUACAAUGCUAUUUGGAUUUCUGUGGCCAUGUUUUCACUCGUAUAUAUUGUUAUACUUGCGGACCCGACAUGACGUUAUCCUGUACACACGUGUUAAAUUUUAAGUAUGGGCCCAGACGUUAGGAGAUCACCAACAUACGCAGGAGAAUUAUAUAUAUAAUACAGAAAAAUCAUCAAAAUCGGUCCAGCCGUUUAGGAGAAGUUCACUGUCAACACACGUACAGAAGUAUUAUAUACAUGAAGAUUAAAUACAUUUUAAUAUAAGUACCUACUAUAGGAAACUGGAAAUUAUUAUUAUUAUUUAUCUGUGAAUUGAUCACCACACAGACUUUUUAGGAUAUGUCGCAAAUAGCAGUUUAAUAACUAAUUUUACUAAGUUAAUCUAAAUAUCCUUACUGUAUGAAAACUUCUGUGUAUGUGGUCAGUAUCUUGAAACAUUGAGUACAUUUAAAUUCUCUAAUGAUCUUUGUAAUUUGAAUCUAACGGCCUCAUAACUAAACUUGGUAUAAUGUUAUAUCUGAGAAUAAACCAAGAAUAUACAAAAUGUUGUCUGUAUCACUGGCAACACUGUCAAUAAUACAAUGAUAAUUCCUAAGUUUUCCGAAUAUCAAGCAGCCUUGCAUAUAAACGCGGGAAACGUUAUACGCCCUAAUAAACUAAGAAUAUGCAAAAUGUUUACAAAUAUUCAUUUUGCUUUUGAUUGAUAUAUAACUUUAUACUAAGUUUAUUUGUAAGGCCGAUAAUGUUUAGGUAUCUAUCCGUUCUUAACCUUAAACUAUUUAAUUCAUAUGAAUACUAAUAUAUACUUCGAUAUCUAUCGAGUUAUAUCGGAAGCGGCUUUAUAUCAAGUGAUGGAUUUAGAUAUGGUCUUUAGAUGUAUCUUUCUUUAUUGGUGUUUUAAUCUAAAUACUUUUUUAUAACGCCAUCUAGUACGUCAUUGAGACACUUGCGUUGUUCCAUUACAGAUUUCAAACUCAAGUUAGACCUUAGUACUCAUAGUGUCUAAGAGAGGGCACUAAUUAAAUCGACAACGACGACCUAAAAUUCUCUUUUAGUCUCUUUUAUUUUAUUUAUUUAUUUAGAGUUACACCAACAGCACAUCAUUCUACAAUUAAAAUUUUAGUAAGUACACAAGGGAAAGUACAGUACUACAUGUAUUUACAGGUGUAAACAACAUUUACCAAAGUUGAACAAUUAAACAUAAUAAAAUUAUAGAUAUGAAGAGUUAAAACAAAAAUAAUGAUAAAAAAUGACUUAAAUACAUUUCUAUUAUAAAAAAGAGAUUUCUAAAAUAUAUGACUAUAGAACAAUACAAUAAUUUACUUCUAAUAUUUAACUUACAUAAUUAAGAUCUUAAUACUUUUAAUGCAGUCCGUUUUAAAUUUAUUGAUAUUAAUAUGAAAAAUAUCUAUAUUACCAUUUUUUGCAUUGAUAUCAUUAUAGAUGCACAUAAUUCUGUUUAAGGGGGCGUUAGGGGGGAAUUUUCCCUAUUUAAGUCCUGUUGAUUCUUGGGCUGAAAAUAUUUUUGAUACGGAAUCUUAGUCUAUUUCUAGGGACUGUAAGGUUUACAUUUAUAAGAUAUUCUGGAUAUAUGAUUCUACCAUGUAUAAUUUUAUGUAAAUUUGACACAUAGCUAUUUUUCGUCUUAUCUCCAACGAUUUCAUAUUGAAAUGGUCCAGUCCUUUUCAGUGCUUGUAUCACAAUUUGAGUGUAACCAAAGUAAAUUAAGUUUUAUCAUUAAACUUAAAUUUAGGUUUUAAUUAUUGUGAUAAUAUUAAUACAUGAAUUCCAAAUCUUAUUAAACAUUCCAUUUUAUAAUAAAUAAUAUUAAUACAUGUUUUCAUAGUGAAUUUUUAAUUAGCCUUAUUAAUAAAAUAACAAGUGAGAAAUAACAUACAUUUAAGGUUUUUCGAUGCACUGUUGUUAUUGUUGAAUGACGAACCGACACAAGAGGAUUUUUAAUGUUUAUAUUUCUAAAUGACGGUGGCAUAAUUCAUCGGUGUACUAAGAAGUAAUAAUGCACCCGUCUUACUUAAUCAUAUUAUUUUUAUCAACGUGAUGGUAGUAUGGCAAACCUUCCGAAGUUUUUUUAACUUGAAGGUAGUAGUAUGACAUUGAAACAAUAUUAACAACCGUUCCCAAUAUACUAUGUUCUCUAAAAUUAAAACUAAAAUUAUCUCGCUGGUAAGCUAUACUUCCUCCCGGUGAGUUACCGUCGAUAAAUAUAUUGGGACAGAAAAGUCAACGAUAGUUACGAUUUUAAUCUCAAGGUCAAUCUAGGUCACAACCGGAGAUAGACUGAAUAUUGGGAACGGCCGUAAAUUACUUACAUUUUAAGCUUUACUUUCAAUUAUAUUUGUUUUUUGCAUUUAUUUUUAUCAGCGAGUAUUAUAUAAAUUUAUAUUUCUUUUCAUAAAUUAAUUUUCAAUCUUAUUAUGCGUUGGCCUUGUUAUAGAAUAAUAAUCGCUAAUUUAUGUAAUGUUCUAUUUUAGUAUUAUUUACUAGUAUGUGUAAUGUGAUAUUUUAAUGAACAAACAUAUAAAUAAAUUAGAAUCACGA